AUGAGUACACAUUACGAUGUCUAUGUUAUAACUGGAAAGCUGUACACGAGUGAGUCACGUGCCUGCUUUUUUGUACACAAUUUGAAUAAAGUGAACUUGCGCAUUCCCGUCAAAAACGCCUUGAAGCAAAAUUUGAACACAUAUUUUGCUCAAGAUUGA